AUGCCGCCCAAGAUCAUCCUGUUCGCUGGCGCCCCAACACCCUCCGCCGUCACCGAGUCAACCUGCACCAUCCGCACCGUCAACAACGACCUCCUGAGAUUCCUUGACCCAACCACCCCGUCCGUCACGAGACCGCCAUCCCCAAAGCAGUCAUACGCACCAUGGCGCUCCCUCAGUCUCGAAAAACGACCGCUAAGGACUGGACUCGCCUUCUCACAGACGCACCAUCCUGCCAGCUGGACGCAGGCCAACGAUUUCUUCGCAGCAGCGACUCUCUCCUUUGAUGAGAGUACAAGCCUGCAGACGGCCGAAGAAGGCGUUCUCACUUCAUUCUGUGAACACUCAUUGGCGAGCCACAAGCCGUCAGCAGCGGACACUACCACGAGCGUGACCGCUUCGCUGGAUGAGACAUCCUUCCUGACCGUGACGUCGAACCACACCUCAUCGUCAUUUCCCAAGACACCUUUACCCCCCUGUCACCUGUCAGACAUGGAGGAUAUACCGUCUCCAAAGAACAUCCUCUCCCUCGUGCCGGCCACCAUCACCGUCAACCUCAUCGCAGGCAUCAUAUCCAUCGCCCAGCCGCGCACCGUGACCACCCGGUACGGGCGGCAACUGUCGCUCGUGGAACUCCUCGUUGGCGACGAAACAAAGUCCGGCUUUGGCAUCACCUUUUGGCUCGGCGGCGACUCCAUCCCCGCCAGCGUCUUGGCCAACCUACGAAGGCAGGACGUUGUUUUGAUCCGGAACGUGGCGCUCAACGUCUUUCGAGACAAGGUAUACGGCCAAAGCCUGCGAAAGGGCCUCACAAAGGUCAACCUCCUCUGGCGAAAGGAUGGCGGGGGGUUCUACUCCCGACGGGACAUGGUGUCCAGGAAACAAGCCCUCGAUCCCCAGCUGGACAAGGCGAGGCGCGUCAAGGACUGGGUCAUUCACUUUGUGGGCGGUGAUCGACCUGCCACGAGGAGGACGACAAGGGCGCGCAAGUCCUGGGACCAGCCACCGGACGAUACUCAAUGA